AUGGAGAACGCAACAUUUCAAGGAAUUCAAGCCUCUCAGUUAGAAUAUCACCUGAAUCUUGUUAAAGAGAAGUAUAGGAAUGAAUUCUUGACUCCAUUGAAUGAAAAUUUGGAAAAUUCACUUGAAGAAGCGGAUUGCCAGUUAGAAAAUUAUAAAAGUCUGGCUAGCGAUUAUAAUGAAAUCAUAAAUGAUGCUAGGCGUGAAAAUCUCCGUCGUCAACGAGAAAUAAAGAAACAAGGUCGCAACAAAAUUACUCAUUUAAAUUCAAAAAUUUACCAAGAAGAAUCAAAUUUGCAACAAGUUGAAGUCAAAAAUGAACAAAUACAAAUGCGCUUAAAGCAAGUCCCUACAGAAAUACAGGAAGAAAAAGAACAGAUUUCAUCCGUGCGCGAGGCAGCAAAGAUUACUAAUGUCGAAUUUUAUGCAAAAGCUGUAAAAAUGUUUCAAGAGCGACUAGGUCUAAAGAUUGAAAAGACGAAAGAUAAGAAAAUGAAGUUCAUCUAUACUAGAAUAGAUCCCAACGAUGAUCAGAAAGAAUUUUGCGUUAGUUUUGGAAUUGACAGCCUUAGUAAGCAAUACUAUGUGGUUGAAAGUGUGCCAAGCGUUUCUGGACUGCAGUCGCUCAUCGAUCAAAUUAAUCGUUCUGGAAAUUUAAGAAUCUUCGUUAAAGGCGUGCGAAGUUUGUUUCAAGAAUAUGUAAAUAAUCCGGUAGAUAGACCACAACAAUUGUAA